GCGUACUUACGUAGUACCACCGUACGUACAAGGUGGCACCAUGGGAAUUGGCACAGCAGCGUUUCUUUCGUAGAAGUAUUUUGGAAACCCCCGGGGUCGAACAGUUCUCAAACGAUGGGUGUAUGGUACAUGUUUGCCCAUUCAACUUCGAACAACUACUAGGAGCUAAGAACCCGAUCAAAAGCAAGAAUCCACGGGUUUCAUAAUUUUAAAAUCAUUACUCGUAGCAACACGAAGCGAGGAGGAUGCCGCCAAGAUCAAUUCCGUCCCCAUCAUCGGUCACGGCCGACAAGGAGAAUAGUUCGACACCCCCGCAUGGGAGUGCUACCGGUACAGGCAGGCGGUCAUCCUUCUUGGAGCUAAACAAACAAUCCGAUAUCAGCAUUCCUCAAAUCAAGGUGUCACUCGAAGACAUAACUUAUAUGCCUGUUACUGCAUCUUCGUCUGUUGGCUCUUCCUACUCUCGACACCGAAAAGAUCGAGAAGACCGGACGGUAGUGCUAGACCGAAUCAGCACCCAGAUCAAUCCUUUUGAGCUCACGGCAUGGAUGGGCCCGUCGGGGUCCGGAAAGACCAGCCUCGCAUCAGUGGUCGCCAACCUCGUGGAGGAUCCGUCUGAUAUUUGCAGCGGAACCAUCAGGGUCAACAACGAGGAGGGAAGGAUCCCCAAACAAAUGGUAGGAGUGGUUUGGCAAGACGACCUCUUGCUCAGCAAUCUUACCGUGGAGGAAACCAUUUAUUUCGCGGCACGGCUCAAGACGCCCUCGAGUGUCUCGGACCAAGAGGUGAGAAAGUUGGUGGAAGAGACGAUGAUCGAGCUGGGGCUGCUGCACGUGCGGAACAAUCCCAUUGGAUCGGCCACCGAAUCGGGUCAUGGAUCGUCCAGGAUCAGCGGGGGCGAGAGAAAACGGGUGUCCCUGGCCCAAGAAAUYGUCGUUCGGCCGUCCCUGCUAGUGUGCGACGAACCCACCUCGGGACUGGAUGCCACCACCGCGCACUCGUUGGUCAAGACGCUAAAGGACCUGGCGUCCCUGGGACAUUCCAUCGCGUUGGUCAUCCACCAGCCACGGACCGAUAUUUUCAACAUGCUGGAUCGGCUGCUACUCUUGAGCAAGGGGCGGGUCGUGUACGAAGGGAACCCCAAGACCGUGAGGCCCUACCUCGAGUGCUUUGUGGAUCCGUUGCCGCCCGAAACGGGGAUCGCGGACUGGAUCAUGGACACUGUCAUUGCGGACGAACGGCGGCAAAAAUCACUCUGCAUCGACGGCAACAAGAAAAGCAGCACAGCCAGUGACGAUKGACAAUACGUCUCUCUCGCCGACCGAUGGGCAGCCAACCGUUCGAAAUUCGAGCAGACAACAAAACAAGCCGAAUGCAACGACAACAAGAAAGAACCGAUGACUCCUUCUGGUGAUCACCGCCACGAAWMUCACCGCCGGAUUUUCUCCCUGGCCCAGYUUCGAAAAAACAAACAAAAAUCCAUGUACGAAGCCUCAUUUGGGAGAGAGCUUUCCAUGCUCACGAAACGGAUAUCGAAGCAGCGACGCGGCGAAAAAAUCACGCGUGUAAGCUUCUUGUUGACGCUGACCUACGUGAUCUUUACGAGCUUUAUGUACUUUCGCCUCCCGGACGACACGGCCAACAUAUUCGAGAGGAACUCUCUCCUCUUCUUCCUGCUCAUCGCCCAGGGAAUGGGAAUUGUCAACACCUCAAUCGUCGUUUUCAAUCGAGAAAGGGCCCUUCUGCGGCGAGAGCGCGCCAAGAAACUGUACCGGGUCCUCCCCUUCUUCUUGGCCAAGGCCGCCUCGGACAUGACCAACAAUAUCUUGCUUCCCCUCCUCUACGGAAUCAUCACUUACUGGCUCGCUGGGUUGCGGCCGUCGUUCGUGGCAUUUUUGAAAUUUCUCCUGUGCUACUACCUGACCCUGAGCUGUGCACAGAGUAUGGGGUUCUUUCUGAGCAUCUUGUAUCCAAAUAUGGCCAUCGCCAUGAUCCUGGCACCGCCCAUUACCCUGUUCAUGUUUAUUUCGGCGGGCUUUUACGCCCCUAUCAGCAACAUGCACAUCGCAUUGAAAUGGGUGAGCACCGUUUCCUUUGCCAGGUAUGGGUAUUCGGGCCUGCUCAUCAACGAGUUUGGUGGCCGAGAAAUUCCCUGCUACGAGUCCUCUGGGGAGGAGGACGGCGACGAUGGGACAGAUUUCAAAGGAAUCACCGUCGGUGGCGGUGAAUGUCCCCUGCCCGGCGAAGAGGUCUACGAAAGUAUCGGAAUAAAUGGUGUAUUUGCCAGCUAUUGGUUCAACCUUGGAAUCGUCGCAAUAUUUCAGACCGUCUUUUUGGUGGGAGCCUAUGCGCUUCUAAGGCGUUCCAAGUGAUGCAACGAAAGCACUCCAGAACAAAACGCAAAACACAAG